CAGCUGGUGUGAACCGGGGUACCUCGAAGCCUUCUGCGGGUGUGGGUGGUGUUCUCACCUCGCAGCCAAAAAUCCAUCUUUCUCUGCGCCGGAGGCAUGUAUGCGUGCGACAGUGCAACGGAGCCGAAGGUGCUUGCCUGCUUGCCUACCGGCUUGAACACUGCCAGAGUGCCGGCUGGUCCCAAUCCAACUCCGGGAGCGGAGUCAGUGUGUUCCUAGAGGCUGCUGACUGAGACAGCGGGGUUGGGCAGCUGAUCGAGCUGCGUCGCUGUAAACAACUGCGAGGGUACAAUGACGCACCUGAAUUUACACUUGCGCGACUUUUGGACGGUCGACUAGACAUCUUUGGAGUCAGUGUUCCGUAACGGACUGCAUUGACAUUUAGGCUACCCAUGCUGCUUUUUGCGCCGUAGACUGAGUAGCAUUAUAUGCUGUUUUAUGCUGAGGGGUUUUCCAACUAUGCCUUUUUCCUUGUAAUACACUAUGACGUCUUAUCUUAUUCACUAUUGAAGUGAGUAGCCAAUUUCAUUCAUUAUUGCCACACACACCUCUAUUCUAUUUAAUUUUCAGGUGAGUCACAUUGGAAUUAACAAUCACUGCUGUCAACUUGGAUAGUUGCCUGCCUGUCCGUCCCAAUGAGAUUUCAGUACUUUGGCAGUGAAACAUGCCGUGUCUGUCUACAGAAAGCUGGACUGAGGUGCAGGUGGGCUGUCGUAUGAAAUAGGAGAAGGACUUGGCGGACACACACCCCCAAUUCAGUUGUUACACACACACACUGUCGCUCGGAGUGGCGAGUCGCAGAUGCGCACUCCACAGACACCCAACUCGGCACUCAACUUUUGCUCUGUGCGUGGAUCUAUUAAACAUAUAUUUUCUCUUCAAUGAGCUUGUGAACAAACGGAGGAUAGAUGUUAUUUUGCGGGCUAAUAUAUUUUUUCUAAAUAGCCGCAAACGACAAGGGUUGGAAUAAGGAUGCCCGAUUGUCUUUGAGACACCUGCGUUGAUUAAUUAGCCUCGCUUGGUGAUUUCUCAAAUAUGGAUUAUGUGCGUAAUGUGGCUAAAAUAGCAGAGAAUGGAUAUUGUUUGUCGGUAAGGAUUUCAUAUUGAAUCGCCCAGUAGUGCAUUGAGGAGAGGGGCAGCCGCAGCCAAACGAUGCCGGACGCGUCUCGGGACGUGCCGGUGCAUUCCUCUCCAGCAGUGGCAGCGAACGCGGAGGGAGACGAGAUAGAAGUGCUGGAGAGUAUCGAUGUUCUUCCCGUGGCCCCAGAGGACCAAUGGAAAUCUCUGUUCGACAAGUUCGACUCAGAGAGUUCAGGCUUCAUCAGUACAGAGCGGUUCAGAGACCUGCUGGCGGCCCACGGCUCGGAGCUGGACCCUCACAAGCUGGAGGUUCUAUUGGCCCUCGCCGACGGCAACGCAGACGGAAAGAUCUGCUACCAGGACUUUGUCAACCUGAUGUCCAACAAGCGCAGCAACAGCUUCCGGCGGGCCAUCCUCCAGGGAAGUCGUCAGUUGAAGGGGGCCGGGGCCCUGGGGGAGGAGGUGGGUCUGGGUCUGUCCCAGAGGCUGGUGAGGCACAUCGCCUACGAGACCCUGCCCCGGGAGAUCGACAGGAAGUGGUACUUUGACAGCUACACCUGCUGCCCACCACCCUGGCUCAUCUUGGCUAUCACCAUUGCUGAGGUGGCAGUGUUCAUGUACUAUGGCCUGCAGUUGGACCGCUGGGUGCUGCAGGUGUCCAGUCCCCACUUCCUAAGGGGCCCACUGCCAUACCACCCCCAGCUACGGAUUCAGGCCUGGAGAUACCUCAGCUACGCCUUCAUGCAUGCAGGGAUAGAACACCUGGGUCUGAAUAUGGCCAUGCAGCUGAAGAACAAAGUCCCUCUAGAGAUGGUCCAUGGAUGCUGAUUUAUUUUAUCUUUGGGGAGAAUACACCCCUGUGGGACCCUGGCAGGCUCCCUGGCCGUCUCUGUCACUGAUAUGACUGCUCCGGUGGUGGGGUCGUCAGGAGGAGUCUAUGCCCUGGUCUCAGCACACCUGGCCAAUGUCGUCAUGAACUGGUCGGGUAUGAAAUGUCAGUUUAAGCUGUUCCGGAUGGCCAUGGCUCUGGUCUGCAUGAGUGUGGAGUUCGGCCGUGCCGUGUGGCUGCGGUUCUACCCGCCGGCCUUCCCGCCCUGCCCCAACCCCAGCUUUGUGGCCCACCUGGGGGGUGUGAUGGUGGGGCUCACCCUGGGGGUUGUAGUCCUCCAGAACUACGAGCAGCGUCUCCAAGAGCAGUCUCUAUUCUGGAUCUUCUUCUCCGUCUACUUCCUCUUUGUCCUCUGUGCUGUCUUCUGGAACGUCUUCGCCUACAGCCUGCUGGACGUCCGGCUCCCCCCCAUGCUUUGAGCUCUGAGAGGUGGCUACAUGAGCUGCCCCCCCCAGCCCCAUAGGCCUCUGAAUAAGUCUGGUCUCAAUAGUGCAGGGCUGCAUGCUAAGCCAGUUGGGGUUUUCAGAGAAAACUGAGAGGGCCAACUGCGUACCUCAGAUCCGAUGGAACAUAACAAUCUAGGUCCAAGACUUCAGAAUUUGUAUCUUCAUUCUAGAGUACUGUAUGGAACAGAGUAUGUCGGCAUCUCCUCUUAAACCCAAUGGUGCCUGUAACUGUAAGAAAGAGGUUCAUAUGACAGUUAGCUUCAAUAAAGGACAAUUUCAUAGGGUUGGAGAUUGUGAUGAUACCCAUGUCUCCAAUCUGUCAUACUAUAGUACUGUUAUCUGAAAUGAAGCUAUGAAAUGUUACACUGUACUGAGUACAUCUGAUGUGACAUGGGUUUGUUCCAACUUCCUGGUUUUUGUCUGGUUACCUGACUGUUUAUACAUUCAUCGAUGCUAUGUGUACAUUGUUGCCUUUCACAAUAUGUCUGGCAAGACAAAUGGCUAAAGCAGAAUUUCAGGGUGAAUUGGCUUACGUUUUUGUUGUUGCCUUUGUUGCCUUUGGUGUGUCUUGCUCUAAGUCUUAACUGUGUCAAGCACUCUUGUGUGUGUGUGUGUGUGUGUGUGUGUGUGUGUGUGUGAGAGAGAGAGAGAGUUCUCACCUAUACAGUAUGGCAUGCACAGUACUGGAGGAGUGGACAGUUUUGGAGGAGUGGACAGUAUUGGAGGAGUGGACAGUAUUGGAGAAGAGGACAGUAUUGGAGGAGUGGACAGUAUUGGAGAAGAGGACAGUAUCAUCCGGGUUACACUGAUUUACAUUAUUUUGUUAUGUGCAAAUGGAUAUGGAAGUUGAAACAAAGAUAGAAGUGCGGUUCAAACCCUGACCGUGUGUUCCUGACCGUUGCCAAAACCCACCCUUAACCAAUAGCAUACAAAAGACAGAGCACUACAGAGAACAUGUACUGUUUUAUUAAUAGGGGAAUAUGUUGCCUUUUGGGAUGAGUACUGGUUGAGUUGAAUGUCAGCAUUCUCCCUCUAGCACAGACUUAUUGAUAGGUAUUCAAUAUUUAACUCUGUUACAGACUGUGGAAAUGGUGCUACAUGUAAAUAGGUCCCUCCCUCCAGAGUUAGCCUUCAGUUAGUACUGUACUGUCAAUGCCCUUAUUAAGGAGAAAGCUAAGCCAUGUUGUAUUGGAUGCUGUGUUUGCUUCAACGGGAGAACACGUCGCAUCUCAACCAACCAAUUCUCAAAUUAGCCUGGUCCCAGAUCUGUUCGUGCUCUUACCAACUCCAUUGCUGUCAUUGUCAAGCCACAGAUGUUUGGCAUGACAAUGAGUGACAUGGAGUUGACAUGGCACCAGGAACAGACUGGCACCCAGUCUAGCUCAAGAGUUUACUUUAACUUAACCUCACGUUAUGCCGCUUCACACAAAAUAAAUAAUAGGAAAGACUGUAAGUAUUAACAAAUUAAUAUGUUAACAUACAAUAGCUGGUUGUUGACUCUUGAAUUGGUCUACAUUGUGAUGUGUAAAAUAUCCUGUCUAUUUAACAUUUGUUGAUUGUAUAUAAUAAGGUCUAUGAUACGGAACAUAGUGGUAACUGACAAUAUUUUAACAUGUGCAUAUUUUGUAGAUUUGAUAUGUAAAUACUGUACUGGAAUACAUUAAACUGUUUUUAUAAUGAAACGUA